AGAAUAAGGGAGAGUCGGAGGUCUAUUUGUGAGUAGGAAUUCGUGCAUGCUAAGAAUCCAAUCCAAGCAACACCACACCUACAAUCCCGAAAGUCCUUUUGGUAAUCUUCCUGGGUAUUUCACUUGGUCCGAACCUGCUUAAUAAGAAACACCCGAUAAAUAGCGCUUAGAGGAGCUUGAUAUUCUAUUCUCUCUGCAAAACCAACAAUUCUUGUCACCUGAUUCAAGCACCAGCUGAACAUUUUUCCAAGUUUUUCUAGAGUGAAAUUCUAUGGAGGAUGAUGCUUGGAGCUUUGGUUUUUCUACUUCUUCAAGGGCCUACCGAUCAACUACAGAUCUUUGUAUUGAUUGGGAGGAGGUUGAAGCGGACGAUGAUUUAAAAGCAGAAUAUCCGUGCCCAUUUUGUCCAGAGGAUUUUGAUUUGGUUGGGUUGUGCUGCCAUAUUGACGAGGAGCAUCCUAUAGAAGCAAAUUAUGGGGUAUGUCCUGUUUGUGCUACAAAAGUGGGUAUGAAUAUGGUUGGGCACAUAACAACACAGCAUGGGAACUUUUUUAAGAAUUGGCACAAGUUGAAGCUCUGUAAAGGUGAGUCUUAUUCAACUCUUUCUUCUUCAAGAAAGGAAUUUCAGAAUGGACAUUUCCAAUCUCUUCUUGCCGGGUCAUCCCCUGUGGUUUCUACCUCUAAGAUGGCACCUGAUUCGUUGCUGUCAUUUCUUUACAAUGGGCCUGCUGCUGUCAAGUCUGAAAGUGUGCAGCCUGAUUCUUCAACUGAAGUAAGCAUGGAAGAUGAAAAUUCUGAUGAGUCAAGGUUAGUAAGAAAUUUUCAAGUUCCUUUAUCAGACAAGGAAAAAGAGGAGAAGGCAAGGAGAUGCGAGUUUGUACGGGGCCUGUUCUUGUCCACCAUCUUUGAUGACAGCUUAUGAAUGGGAUACAAUAUAGUGUUUGCUGCCAGUUUCCCUAAUUUUAAGAGAGAUGGUUAUCAUCCAUGCUGUUUGUUGAAUAUUCUGGUACCUUUGAUAGAAAGAGCCAAGUUAGACAUAGGGAAUUCAAUGUAAUGCACGUUGUUAGUCAAAUGUAAUUAGCAAGGCCCGCAUGGACCCAGACUCUCGUUUCACGUAUCUCAAAGUUUUAAGUGCUAGUGAAAAUAUUUACAGUGAAA